UCCUGCUCAAUCCGUCCUGACUCCAGGUCCUACCCAGAGCACUGUCCCGUCCCGUCCCUCGGCCCAGCACGGAACCUGAGUAACUCAGUCCUGUCCGACCCGUCCUACUAGAUGAACUAAGGAGACAGAUCACAGUGGUCCAACUCCAUGGCACCCUUGGGACGUGAAAUGCACAGUGCAGCCAACAUGGAUACCGUCGCGUGUGCACGCUGCGAUGACGGGUUCGAACCGAAAGCAAAGAUUGUAAAUUCGAACGGAGAACUGUUUCAUUCGGGAUGCUUCGUCUGUGCACAGUGUUUUCGGCCUUUCCCCGAGGGAGUGUUCUAUGAGUUCGAGGGGAGGAAAUAUUGCGAACAUGAUUUUCAUGUACUGUUCGCGCCCUGCUGUCAGAAAUGCGGGGAGUUCAUCAUUGGAAGGGUUAUCAAGGCUAUGCAAUCCACUUGGCAUGCAAACUGCUUUACAUGUGAGAUGUGUCAUAAAGAACUGGCAGACCUGGGAUUUAUCAAAAAUCAGGGCCGAGCACUGUGCCAUGAGUGCAAUGCUAAGGUUAAAGCUGAUGGUCUGGGUAAAUAUAUGUGUCAGAAGUGUCACAGUGUAGUGGACGGGGAACCACUUAGGUUUAGAGGAGAAGUUUAUCAUCCUUAUCAUUUCAACUGUACAGGGUGUGGAAGUGAGUUGACCAGCUCAGCUCGUGAGGUCCGAACCCGGCCAGGAUAUACAGCAAAUGAGCUGAAUGAGCUGUAUUGUCUUCGUUGCCAUGAUAAGAUGGGGAUCCCUAUCUGUGGAGCAUGCAGACGACCUAUCGAGGAACGUGUAGUUACAGCUUUAGGAAAACAUUGGCACGUGGAACACUUUGUGUGCGCCAAGUGUGAGAAACCUUUCCUAGGAAACAGGCAUUAUGAGAGGAAAGGGUUGGCUUACUGUGAGACUCAUUACCAUCAGCUGUUCGGAAACCUUUGCUAUACAUGUAACCAGGUUAUUCAGAGUGAUGUGUUCACUGCCUUGAACAAGGCCUGGUGUGUUAACCACUUUGCCUGUAGCUCCUGCGAUCAGAAGAUGAGCCUCAAAACUAAAUUUUACGAGGUUGACUUGAAACCAGUUUGCAAGAAGUGUUAUGAUAGGUACCCAAGAGAUUUGAGGUUAAAGUUGAAAAAGUAUCAUGAAUCAGAAGCUGCAAGAGACCUUGGCCAAUCUGUGUCUUAGAAGACGACAUUCAAACACCGUUUUGCGUGCUUCAUUAAAUCCCAGGAUUCCAUCCAAGUUUCUGUUCAGCGCAGUCAAUGUUUUUUAAAAUCCGCCCCUAAAGGGUCAGUUUACGCAAUUUUAAGUUCGGCCCUUUAUUUGCAUUGUUGUGUGCAUGCUCGAUUCCCAAUAUGGUACCCGUUAAACCUUUAUCAAAGUAGUGGAUAAUGACUAUGAAGAAAUUUUCGAUUUACUUUGGAAAAAAGAUUCAUUCCGUACAUCUUCAGCCUUUUCCCAGUUACAGUUGUCGGCGUUUAUAUCAAUACAAUAAAGACAACUUUUCGAUUUAAGUUGACAGCUUCUCAUUGUUUCCUUUCAUAGAAAGUCCGUAACUGAAAUUGGUCAAUUUUUAAACAGAAAGAAAGGAAAUCAAAAUCCUGCUCAUGCACAAAAAAUCUAGAGUCCCUUGAAAUUACGCGAACACUCCCUUUCAAUUAACCUAAAGAUAAUAAUACCUUUAAUAACCUAUUGUGAGGACCUUUUCUAUAUGCUUUGAUUGAAAAGAAAAUUGAAGCAAGUUAAAAACAAACCCCGGUCUUUGAUAAUUUGUCAGUUUUACGAAGAUCACUUAAUGUUUUAAAUUCGGUAUAUUUUCACACGUUUAAGACAAUUUGUAAUGAUAUAUGCCGUCUUAGUCCGAGAUUUAAGACGACAUUUAAAAGAAAAGCCUUGUUUCCUAUUUGUUUAAUAAUUCGUAUAUGUACAAUUAAUUGGUGCUAUAUUUGUUAAAUAAAAUAUUUAUUAACUUAU